GCUUACAAGAUUUAAAUUCAAAUAAAUAGACGUUGGCUAUUGAUAAAUUGCUAGUUGUUCUUGUUGAAUUGGAAGCUGAGAACAACAGGCGAAUAUGGCACAAGUGCUUCGGGAUUAUAACAAAAAGAAUCAGGAACCGCAUUGCAGUAGCAAAAUGGCCGGAGCUACACUUUUCGAACGUGCCCAGGCGCUGUCUAGUGUGAAUCGUGAAGAGGGUAUUACCUUGCUAAAUAAAAUAGUGCGUGAACAAGAGGUAGCUGAAAACGAUGAGGAGCUCAUACGCAUCAAGGAACAGGGUAUUAUGCAGCUCGGGGAGCUCUACAAACAGGAGGGCAAGGCCAAAGAAUUGGCCGACCUCAUCAAAGUGACUCGUCCAUUUUUGAGCUUGAUCAGUAAGGCAAAGGCCGCGAAGUUGGUGCGUUCGUUGGUCGACAUGUUCCUUGAUAUGGAUGCGGGUACUGGCAUUGAGGUUCAAUUGUGCAAAGACUGUAUAGAGUGGGCAAAGCAGGAGAAGCGCACUUUCUUGCGCCAAUCGCUGGAAGCUCGCCUCAUUGCACUCUACUUUGACACUGCUCUGUAUACGGAGGCACUUGCCCUGGGCUCUCAGCUAUUACGUGAGCUCAAGAAAUUAGAUGACAAAAACCUGCUUGUCGAGGUGCAGCUGUUAGAAAGCAAAACCUAUCAUGCACUUAGUAACUUGCCCAAGGCACGUGCCGCCCUAACUUCAGCGCGCACUACGGCAAAUGCAAUCUACUGUCCCCCUAAGGUUCAGGGCGCCCUCGAUCUCCAGUCCGGCAUUCUUCAUGCAGCCGACGAGCGUGACUUUAAAACAGCUUUUUCCUAUUUCUAUGAGGCAUUUGAGGGCUUUGACAGCGUUGACAACGUCAAGGCGCUUACUUCACUGAAGUAUAUGUUGUUGUGUAAGAUUAUGCUUGGACAGUCGGAUGAUGUGAAUCAAAUAGUUAGUGGCAAGUUGGCUAUAACCUAUUCCGGCCGCGAUGUUGAUGCCAUGAAAGCCGUGGCGGAGGCAUCACAUAAGCGCUCGCUAGCUGACUUUCAGCAGGCGUUGAAGGACUACAAUAAGGAGUUAGCUGAAGAUGUUAUUGUACAGGCACAUUUGGGUACGCUAUAUGAUACAAUGCUGGAGCAGAAUCUUUGCCGCAUUAUCGAGCCAUAUUCGCGUGUACAGGUGUCCCAUGUGGCUGAGAGCAUUAAUCUGCCCAUGUCACAGGUGGAAAAGAAGCUAUCACAAAUGAUAUUGGACAAAAAAUUUAGCGGCAUUUUGGAUCAAGGUGAGGGCGUGCUCAUCGUUUUCGAGGAGACGCCAGUGGAUAAAACGUAUGAGCGUGUGCUAGAGACCAUACAGAGCAUGGGCAAGGUGGUCGAUACACUGUAUCAAAAGGCCAAGAAGCUGUCAUAAGCUCUUUCCAAAUGGAAUCUGCGUAGCCCCUCCCUUUACAUCCACGCAUCAACAAUUGAUUAAUAUCUGCGAAGUUAGAAGACAAUUUUUGGUUAUUCCCACGUAUUCUGAAACAAAAAAUUCCCUCAACGGUACUCUUCAAAAAUCAUUUACUUUGUUAUAACCACAUCUUUGUAUGUUUCGAUACGAGUAACAGCUGAAAAAAAAAAUAAUAAACAUGUAUUGGUGGUAAUAGCAGUAAAAA